GCCCCGGAGUCUAUGGGGCCGCCCCUCUGCGCCGCCUGGCUGGCCCCACGCCGCGCCCGGAGCCCGCCCCGCGACCAGUUUCCCCACAGGUCUCCCGGAGGCCCCCUCGGGCCAUGAGCGCGUCUGGCUCCUUCCCGCUGCAGGAGACGCGGAUCUCGAGGCCCGCAGGCUGCUCCGGGCCCGUCUGAGCGGUCCCCGCGGCGAUGGCGGCGCCCUACGGCGGCAGGGGCUGCGGCGGCGAGGUCAAAUGCGGGGGAGGUCGUGGCGGCAGCAUCGCCUGGGACUUUCUGCCGGGGCUCAUGGUCAAGGCACCCCCGGGACCCUGCCUGCAGGCGCAGCGCAAGGAGAAGUCCCGGAACGCGGCGCGCUCGCGGCGCGGGAAGGAGAACCUGGAGUUCUUCGAGCUGGCCAAGCUGCUCCCGCUGCCCGGGGCCAUCUCGAGCCAACUGGACAAGGCGUCCAUCGUGCGCCUCAGCGUCACCUACCUCCGCCUGCGCCGCUUCGCUGCGCUCGGGGCGCCGCCCUGGGGGCUGCGGGCCGCGGGGCCGCCGGCCGGCCUGGCCCCCGGCCGCAGGGGUCCCGCCGCGCUGGUCUCCGAAAUCUUCGAGCAACACCUGGGAGGACACAUCCUGCAGUCCCUGGACGGCUUCGUGUUUGCCUUGAACCAGGAGGGGAAGUUCCUCUACAUCUCGGAGACCGUCUCCAUUUAUCUGGGUCUCUCACAGGUGGAGCUGACGGGCAGCAGCGUCUUUGACUACAUCCAUCCGGGGGACCACUCCGAGGUGCUGGAGCAACUGGGGCUGCGGGCCCCGACCCCCGGGCCCCCCACUCCGCCUUCCGUCCCCUCCUCUUCCUCCUCGUCCUCCUCGUCUUCCUCGCUUGCGGAUACCCCCGAGAUCGAGGCCAGCCCCGCCGAGGGGUCCCCCUCCUCCGGGGUCCAGGAGCGCUCGUUCUUCAUCCGCAUGAAAUCAACCCUCACCAAGAGGGGGCUGCACGUCAAGGCCUCGGGGUACAAGGUCAUUCACGUGACCGGCCGCCUCCGGGCCCGCGCGCUGGGGCUGGUGGCCCUCGGGCACACGCUGCCCCCGGCGCCACUGGCUGAGCUGCCCCUCCACGGACACACGAUCGUCUUCCGUCUCAGCCUGGGGCUCACCAUCCUUGCCUGUGAGAGCAGAGUCAGUGACCACAUGGACCUGGGGCCCUCGGAGCUGGUGGGCCGCAGCUGCUACCAGUUCGUCCACGGACAGGAUGCAGCCAGGAUCCGCCAAAGCCACCUGGACCUGCUGGACAAGGGGCAGGUGAUGACCGGUUACUACCGUUGGCUGCAGCGCGCCGGGGGCUUCGUGUGGCUGCAGUCCGUGGCCACCGUGGCUGUGAGCGGGAAGAGCCCUGGGGAGCGCCACGUGCUCUGGGUCAGCUACGUGCUCAGCCAAGCCGAGGGUGGCCAGACACCUCUAGACGCCUUCCAGCUUCCAGCCAGUGUGGCCUGUGAGGACACACCCAGCCCGGAGCCAGAGCCCACGGAGCCGGAGCCUCCAGUGGGAAGGAAGCAGGCUGACCCCCUGGACAAGGAUGAAGAGGCUCCCCAGACCCGGGGCAAGAGCAUCAAAGUGGAGCCCGGCCCCGGGGAGACUAAAGAUGCGGAGGACAGUGGGGACGAGGCACCAGCCAGCCACCCAGCCCCGCUGCGGCCUGAGUUCACCUCUGUCAUUCGGGCAGGGGCCCUAAAGCAAGACCUGGUGCAGCCGUGGGGCCUGGCGUCCCCCGGAGACCCCCCGGCCGCCCUCCUCCACGCCGGCUUCCUGCCCCCCGUCGUCCGCGGCCUGUGCACGCCGGGCACCAUCCGCUACGGCCCCGCCGAGCUGGGCUUUGUGUACCCACACCUGCAGAGGCUGGGCCCCGGGCCUGGCUUCCCAGAGGCCUUCUACCCCUCCCUGGGCCUGCCCUACCCGGGGCCCCCAGGCACCAGGGUGCAACGGAAAGGGGACUGAGGACUGGACAGCCACCUGCAGAGCUGGCCCCCAGGGGGAUGGGUGGGGGCCUCCAGGGGACAGGAGACAGGGCUCUCGGCCCCAGCGGCCGAUGCUGAGAAUUAAACAUCUGGUCCCCGUCUGUG